AAAUAAAGCAGCGAGUCAAAUAGUCUGAGGUCACCCACUAAGAUAGCCGCAUGAGGCGGUUGUGAUUCGUGUUAUCAGCGUGGAAAUGUUGUAAAGUGGAGGAAAUUAGACUUUUCUCUGUCAAUGAACGAAGCUUUAAAACCGUCCACACAGUCACAAUGUGGAAAUCCACCGGGGGACCAAAAAGCACCUUCACCUCAGCGGCGGGACCUCGCGCUACCGCCGCCGCGGUCACCUGUCUGCUCGUGACCGGGACGCUCGUCGUCGCGGUGGGACACCCGAGCAGCGGAGUCCCGGAGGAGCCUCCAGCUGCAGCGGCGAGCGGAAAAGUUUUCUCGGCGUAUUUCAGGAAACUGACCCGGGAGAGGAGAGCGAUGAGCGGCCCCCCGCGAAGCAGCGCUCCCCCCGGACCGGUGGAGCAUCUGACCCCAGCCGACCUGUUCAUAGCGGUGAAAACAACUGGGAGGUAUCACCGGCAGAGACUGGAGCUGCUGCUGGACACCUGGCUCUCCAGGAACAUGCAACAGACGUAUGUGUUCACUGAUGGAGAGGACAAGGAGCUGAGGAAAAGGAUGGGAGGUCACCUGAUCAAUACCAACUGUUCGGCAGCCCACAAUCGUCAGGCCCUCUCCUGUAAAAUGGCUCUGGAGUAUGACACUUUUCUUAACUCUGGCAAGAAGUGGUUCUGUCAUGUCGAUGACGAUAACUACGUGAACGUCGGCUCCCUCCUGAAGCUUUUGUCUCAGUACAGUCACACGCAGGACGUUUACAUCGGCCGGCCCAGCCUCGAACGACCAAUAGAGGCCACGGAGAGGCUCGGCACCGCUGAGAUGAAGCAGGUUCGUUUCUGGUUCGCCACAGGAGGAGCAGGGUUCUGUCUGAGCCGUGGCCUCGCACUCAAAAUGAAACCCUGGGCGAGCGAUGGCACUUUCAUGGCAACAGCGGAGCACAUUCGCCUCCCUGAUGACUGCACCGUCGGUUACAUCGUGGAGGCGCUGCUUGGCGUGAGCCUCAUCCGCUCAGCUUUGUUCCACUCUCACCUGGAGAACCUGGGACUGGUGUCAGACAUACACAACCAGGUUACUCUGAGCUAUGGCACUGUGGAAAACAGCAGAAACACUGUCAAUGUGAAAGGCCCAUUUUCGGUUAAUGAAGAUCCUACAAGGUUCAGGUCUGUCCAUUGUCUGUUGUACCCAGACACUCCUUGGUGCCCCAGCCCCCGGCGACUUUAACAGCCAUCCAGAGACAAAGAGGGAGGGAUGGACUGACGGGGGAGAAAAAGUAAAUGUCCGAAAAAAGUUAGAGAGAAGAAGUUCCACCGCUGCUGUCCCCUGUCUCCUGAAGAAUCUCCGAAACACUUGGACAUAAGUGUUUCCCUCAUGUUCCACAGCUGUCUGAGUAGCAGACUGACUUUUUAGGAAAGAGUAUCGCUGUGUUAGUUUGACGCCUGAACUCUCACCCCUGAACUGUUACUUGGUGUCAAAAGGCCAAAGAUUUCCACAAGAGCAGACGACAAAAAGUCAGCAUUCUUGGAAAGACUUUGUUAUUCUCAGAUCCCCAAAAAGUUAGGUUUGGCCUGAUGGUGGUGCAAGAGGAAAAGCCACGCUGUGCCACCUGAAUCAAAAUGGUUUAUCCUAUGUUCAAUAGAAAUCUCAGCCUGUCACACCUGCCUCAUCUUUCUUCUGUCUAAGGUCGGCAGUCAGCUUUUCAGCUUUCAUUUUCACCUCUUGUUUGUUAGCUUCAGUUAUGCUCCAGUUCAGUCAACCAAAACAUAACAUGUCAAGUCAGUGAGUGUUAGAGGUGCUGUUACCUUUAGACAGAGCCAGGCUAGCAGUUUCCCCCUGUUCUCAGUCUUUGUGCUAAGCUAAGCUAAUUGGCUACUGGCUACAGCUUCAGGUUUACUGUACAGGCAUGAAGUGUUAUCAAUCUUCUUUUCUAAGUCCUGGCAAGAAUAAAUAAAGGCCUAUUUCAGGGGAUUACCACAAUGACCAAAUCAUCUCCUGGAGAUUAUAAACAUUUAUACCAAAUGUAAUGGUAAUCCAUCCAGGACUUGCCUGGAUAUGUCAUUCUGGACCAGUGUUCUUCCCUGGAGCCUUCUUCACCUUUUGAUCAUGAUGCAGAAUCCAGACUCCUCAUCUGAAGUUUUAUUUCAUCUGUGUUCAGUAUUAUCUUCUCUCUGAAGUAUGUUAUCGUGACUGUAUGACUGAGCACUUUGCUGUUUUAUUUCUGCUGCUUGCAAUUCAUCAUUUGACAAAAUAACAAAGGAAUACAAAAGGAAUAGUUUUACAUUUUGGGAAACACACUUAUUCACUCUCUUGAAGAGAGUUGGAUAAAAAACAUUGGUACCGCUAACAUCUGUGCGCUAAAUAUGAAGCUCUGUCCAAAACAACUCCAAAACAAACAACUGAUAAAUCUACUAAUUGUUUUUACACUUAACUUUUUGUCCAAACAGAUAUUAAAUAUUAAUUAGUGAGAUUUAGAGGUGCUAAUAGCUGAAUUUUGUUUCCCUUGAACAUAGCAAGGCUAGCUGUUUUCCAAUCUUUUGCUAAGCUAAGCUAACUAGCUGCUGGCAGUAGCUUCAUAUUUAUUGUACAGACAUGAGGUUGGUCUCAGCAAAAAAGUCAGUUGGCAUACUUACCAAAAUAUCAAACUAUUCCUUUAACAACUUUGUGUAGAUCAGUGAGGCCUGUGUUACAAAAUAUUCUCCAAAAAAUGGUAGACAUCACCUGCGUUUAUCCAUUUACAGUAGGUGGAUUAUGAUUGUUAAUGAUGUUAGACUGCUUUUAAAAUGUUAUUGCAGUGUAACAAAGAUAUUAUCCCCUUUGAGGUUUUAUUGAGAAAUGACUCAUGUUGGGUCGUCUUCUAUCUUUCUGUGCAUUGAACGCAGUUGUAGCUGAAUGAAAGUUAUUAAGUUAAAUUCUGUCCCUUGUUAAAUGAAUGUAUAUGAUGAAUCGUUGCUUCUGAAGCGUACAUGCUCUCUCCAGUAUCUGGAUUGUCUGUAGACAUAACGGCUGAAUUUAAUAAAAACUGUUUUUGUUCAAAUA